UCCAGUCUGGCAACUUUUAUAAAAAGAGAACCCUAGCUCUAGCAAAGAACAUAAUUAGUACUCCCAUCAUUUUGUUUUUAUUUUAUUUUAUUAUAUAACCAUUAAAUUUUCAUUAUCUUCUUUCAUACCAAGGAAACCCUAGGCCUUAAUAUAUCAGCCUUCUCUAUAAAAUGGAGGAUGAGAGAGUUGAGAAGUUGAACCAGGCUGCGAGAAUUGAGAGGUUGAACCAGGCUGCUCUAGAGGGGAAUAUUAAUGAUUUUUACAACUUGAUUAAGGACGAUGUAAAACUUUUGGAGCACAUCGAUGAGCUACCAUUUGUUGAAACUCCUUUGCACAAAGUUGCAUCUGCUACGGAGACGCAUAUCCCAUUCGCCAUGGAGAUGCUCAGAUUAAAGCCCUCAUUUGUCAGGAAGCUGAAUCCAGAUGGGCUUAGCCCCAUUCACGUUGCUUUACUGAAUGGGAAAACCCAGUUGGUGCGUUGGCUUCUAAAGGUUGAUGGGGACCUUGUUCGUGUCAAAGGAAGGGAGGGUAUGACUCCUUUGCAUGAUGCAGCAGCAACAGAGGAUCACCUUGAUCUAUUGGCCGAAUUUCUAAAAAUCUGUCCUGAUUCUAUUGAAGAUGUGACGAUUAGAAAUGAGACUGCUUUACAUGUUGCGGUAAAAUGCAAAAUGCUAGAGGCUUUUAAACACUUGGUGGAAUGGCUCCGACAAAACAAGUCUAAAAAAACCAUGUUAUGGAAGAGGAAAAUACUGAACUGGAAGGAUGAGGAAGGCAACACUGUGUUGCACGUUGCUGUAUCUACAAAUCAGCCCAAGGCUGUGAGGCUGUCACUAGAUUCUGGUGUUGAUGUAAAUGCCAAGAAUUUAAUGGGUGACACAGCAGGGGACAUCUUGGUAAAACGACAAGAAGAAGAAGUAGAGUACAGCAGAAGCAGCAUGGAGAUCAGUGAAAUGUUACAGCGUGCUGAAGUUACUAAAUGUGCACGUUACCUACGUUCCAUAGUCUUAUCUCUCGAGGAAAGACGAUUACUCCAGGUUGAUAAAUGGGCGAAAAUAUCGGACGACAGGCGCAAUGUGGUUUUGGUGGUUGCUACCUUGCUUAUGACAGUGACUUAUCAAGGACUGCUGAGCCCUCCAGGGGGACUUUGGCAAGAGUACUACAAUCCAUGGAGCGAUCUGCCCAAUGCUACAAAACCAUAUUACAGAGGUUUCAAUGAAACUUCUCCUUAUAUUCAAGACAUGGCAGGGACAGCCAUUCGCGGUACAUCUUUAUUUUUUUCGGUAUUCCUGAUAACAAAUACUUUGACAUUUAUGCUCUCAUACACAAUAGUUCUUCUCAUCAUUCCAUCCGGGUAUGUUAUACUCCGCGCAGCCCUUGGCUCCUUCACUCUCUGCUAUAUUACUUCGCUGGCAGUCAUAUUCCCGAUUUCUUUUACAUAUACCUAUUCUUUAAUCCUUGUGAUUCUGUUUUCUGUUAUUUACGCACUAUCUAUAUCUGCAAUACGGUCGACGCUGCAUGUCUUUGUGCUGAUUCGUUCAUGGAAGAAGAAUUGAUGGGAAAAUAAAAAUAAAGCCAAACUUGGACCUGAAUGCAAUUGAAAAUGUGUGCGUCAAGGUUUAUUUUUACUUUAUAGGUGUAAAAUAAAGCUUUUGUUUCGAAGGGUAUAAUUGAGGUUUGAGGUACGGGUACGACCCAAUAUUGUAAUCCUCGAAUGUUAUUUAUAUUUCGAUAAAGUUGUCUAAUUGCCAUCGGAUUAUUUAUAUAAGUUAUGAAUUUGUUAAGAAUUUGUUAUCAAAUUUGUAAUCUAAAUGUUGUUACAUUUAUGGCUUUAA